CAGGACUCCGACCGUCCACGUAGAUUGUCAGAGCUAUGGGCAAAAGAAAACGUGAAGCCGAAGGAGAUGAGGACGGUCUGCAUGAUGAUGGUAACAACAAAAACCAAACCUCAAAAGACCCGGUGCUGUCUGGUCAAAUCUCGCGACUCAAAAAGACACUAGGCCACGGGAUCAAAUCCCUCCACGCUUCACUGAAACUGGCACGAGGGUUCGAGAGACAGAAACUCGGGAGGCGCCAAAAAUCCGCCACCGACAAACCUCACCAGUUGCUCCGGCUGAGGGAGGAGGUGAUCGUCCUCAAACAACUCGACCUCGAACGAACCGCGAAACAGUACCUCGUCAAACAGCUCGUGAAGUCGACCCGGACGAAAUCCCACCCGGUCGUCGUCAGCCUGUACGGAGUGAACCCAAGCCUCGAGCAACCCAAAUCCACUGCCGAGGGGAACGUGCUGGGAAGACUGUUCAACUCGGCACCCGCCAAGCAGGUUCUGCCGGGGAUUUUGAACGGUUUGUUUGACGUUCUCGGCGUGUCGGCGGCGGCGGGAAAGGGUGAGUCGGAGGGUCAAAGGACGAGUAAGAAUGGAAACUCCAAGCUUGAGCCCGAGACUCAGCACGAUUCUGGAUCUGCCGAUGAUCAACAGAAGUUGUUAGCUUCUACCGACGACGUCAAUGGUCCAGACGAGUCAUUCGAUGGGUUUUCGGACAAACAGUCUGUCGAUGAUGACGAGUCAGAAGAAGACGAAAACGCCGAAUAUCUUUCCGACGGUGAAAUGGAUCGUUUACUCAACGAACAUCAAGAUCGAUUGGCUUCUUCUGACGAUGAUGAAGACGGUGACGAAGACAACGACGACGGUGAGGAUGAUUCUGAUUUGCCGACAGGUCACAACAUCACUCGUGGUGGUGGACGAUCACCAAGAGAUGACAUUUCUGUUUCUGUUUCUGUUUCUCUCAGUCCGGAACCACCUAGUCGGUCCAAAAAGACACAAACGACCGCAACAACGACGACGACGACGUCAUUCUUGCCGUCACUAAGUCUAGGAGGUUAUUAUUCUGGUUCAGAAUCAGGUGAUGAUGACGACGACGACGACGACCGUGAUGAUGAUCAUGGUCACAGAGGUCCACCGUCUGCCAAACCUCGUAACAACCGUCGUGGUCAGAGGGCCCGACAAAAAAUUGCGGAAAAGAAAUUUGGAAAAAUGGCCAAACAUUUGGUGGCGGCCAAGGACAACAAGGGAGACAGAAACUCAGGGUGGGACGCUCAUAGAGGUGCGGUCGACGGUAGCCACCAACGAGGUGGGAGAGAUCGGUUUCGUCCCGGCGGUGGUCACGGUCACGGUCAUGGUAACGUCAGACGUGGUCAAAACAUGGAACGAAAAGAUACAAGAAGGACCAGGAAAGAGGAGGCACCACGACCCAAGAAACGAGGAGACGAUCAAGGUCCUUUACAUCCAUCUUGGGAAGCGGCCAAGAAGAGAAAGACACAAAACGAACAAAACCAGGCGACGUUUGCCGGGAAAAAGAUUACAUUCGACUGAGUUCUUCCAUCAUGGAUGGUCCUUGAUAAAUAGCCUCGAGCUUGUCGAUGCAUUUCAUGAACAAGACACAACAGCGGCUUCAAUGGGCACUUGUAGCUAUUAUUUCCCGGAGUCAUGCGCAAAUAUCCAUUUCAGUACUGUCAAACCUGUCUACUCGAG